CCAACCCAGUCCUAAUGCUACGACCCAUGAGCCACCUCCAGCAGCUAGCUAGCUAGGUCUUGGCGGCGCCGCCAUGAGCCACCUCCACCCCGGCCGCCGCCGCAGCGCGCGCCACAGUUCCCGCCCACCCACCACGCGCCUCCAUCCCCAAAUCGACGCCACUGAGGACGGCACCGGAGUGGCCAGCCACCGGCGCAGCAGUAAGCGCCGGAGCUCCCACAUCCAAUCGAGCGAGGGGGGCGACCGAGUGACCCGCCGCUGCCGCGGUAAGCGGUUCCGCGCCCAGACUCAUGCUAGCGAGGUGGGCGACGGCACCUCGCCGGAGCCGCCCGCCUCCCCGCUUCAAGUCGACGACCUCCUGAGGGAGAUCCUGCUCCGCCUCCCCCUGGACCUACACUCGCUCUCUCGGGCAUCCGCCGUCUGCAAGCCGUGGCGAGGCAUCGUCGUCGAUUCCAAGUUCCUCCUCCGGUUCUAUACACGCCAUCGUAAGCCGCCCCUCCUCGGAUUCUUCCAGCGCGGCGACCAACGGCUCAUGUUCACCCCCGUCAUGGCUCCUGCUCCCGACCGCAUCCUACCUGGGAGCUUCGACCUUGGACAUUGCUACAGCCACGUGCUUGAUUCCCGCCACGGCCGCGUCCUUCUCAGUGCCUGGCCCCGGAUCUUCAUGUAUGAUCCUAUCACCAGCAAGCAGCACGACAUGUCCAUUCCUCCGGUGUUCUUGGACCGCCACUUCAGCGCGGCAAUGCUCUGUGCUGCCAGCGACCAGGGACAUGUGCACGGCGGCUGCCACUCCUACCCCUUCAAGGUGGUCUUGGUGUCCAUGUACAGAGGGGGGCAACCCAUUGCCCGCGUUUACUCCUCAGACUGCCACAUGGGGCGGUCUCAUCUCUACCGAGACUCGACAUGUUGGGUCUUCUCUUGAUUCUGGUGGCACCCUUGGAUCCCGCUUUAGGGAUCACUGCUACACUUUCACGAGUUUCUCUCCACUAGGCACAACCAUUGCCGGUGGAACUGAUGGAGCUGAAAUGUUAGGAUGACACUGGUUUGAUGUGCUAAUGUGCUGAAACGGUCUAAUGGGUGAAGGAAGGGUUGCUGUGGUUGCUAGUUGUCACUUGGUUUGUCGCGUCGCAUCAGUGUGGUCGGCAGUGUUUAUAUGUUACCUAAAAGGCUACAACAACCUACCGUGCCUUAAUCUAGCCAAGUCUCUAAUGUAGGAAGAUGCUUUUGAAUACCUAAUCCAGGGAAUUUGAGCUGAACCUAGUAUUAUAUGAAGUUGGAUUCCGCCGUCUCCUGUUUUUGCUUCAUGCUUGUGCUUGGCAGCUCUUGUGUUGAGCAAUGAGAGUUUCAGCUUACCCUAGUAUUAUCACCUAAACUUGUAUGUUCGUGUGUGCUUCUUAGACGCGUGGUUUGAAAAGCAUGCCAUCCCUAGAAUUUUUACAAAUUAUCAUUGCAGGGUGGGCAAAGUCGAUGCGUUCAUGUUGGCAGGACCGAAUGAAGAUGUAUUUCAGUUGAAACGUGGUUUGCAUGGCCAAAAAUCAGAUCUGAUCAAAUCAAAUAAAGUCUGCAUCCAUGGAUCAAAAAGAACCUUCAUAAGCACUGUUUCGGUCUGGGUUUACAAAUCAUUUCAUCGUUUUCAUGACUGAAAUGGACUCUAGAAAUUUGGAUCAGAGAGACGUGACUUUCUUUGCCCUGAGACUGAGGUUUGCUGCUGCUGUCCAGUUAUUUGUGGUGGUCCAUAUGUGCCAGAGGACUCAUUGUUCUUGCAACGGCUGUUUACCGCUAAAGAUGCAGGAUUGGAGAACAACGGCUGUUUACUGCUAAAGAUGCAGGAUUGGCCGGCAGCAAGUCUAUAGUCGUACUCCAAAUUGCAGGAACACUUACGGCAGGAGGUUGCAUUCUUAGCUGUAAUUCUCUGCUGGGUUUCCAAGUCAUCUCAAGCGUGUUUUAUACGAUUUGCAUGAGCACGUAUGGCAGGAGGUUGCAUUCUUGGCUUGUAGUCUUAUGCUGGACUUGCAAAUCAUUUGACUGUAUUUAUACGGCUGAAAAUAACACAGAUUAUAUCGGAAUGAUGUGGCAAUUUGUUCUCGGUCUACAAGUCAUUUGAAGUUUACAUGUCUGAAAUUAUUGUUGUACAAAUUCGGAUGUCAAAGACUGGACUUCCCUUGCCCUGAGAACAAGGUCCCCUGGGAACGAGGUUGCUGCUGAUGUCCAGUUAUUUGUGGUGGUUCAUAUGAGCCAGAGGACUCAUCCUCGCAGCGGCUGUUUAUUGCUGAAGGUGCGGGACUGGACGGCAGCGAGUCUACUAUCACACUCGUAAUGGCAGGAACACAUACGGCAGGAGGUUGCAUUCUUGGCUUGUACAGUUUCUGCUGAACUUUGAGGUCAUUUGAAUGUUUUCUAUGCUGCUGAAAUUACCAUCAUUAAAUUGGAAUGCAUGUGACAGCAAGAAAUCAGCUUAAUUUUUCUUACCCUGAGCUGACUGAGGUUGCUGCUGCUGUCCACUACUUUGGUCCAUAUGUGACACUAUGGAUUGUAGUUACGCACUCACAUUCAUGGUUACAAGAACUUAGCCUUAGCAAAAAGAUAGAAGUGUGAACAUGUCCGUCGACACGAAUUCCUCUGCAAUCAUCAUCAUCUCCAUCCACUGAGACUAAGCUUUUCAUCAAUCACAAGGGUUCGUACUUCAUACAGG